CUUUUAUGAUGUCUUAUAUGAUUAAAAUAUAUAUUAUUAACGAUGUUAUUUAUUUAUUUAUUUAAUCUUUAUUGCACAAUACAUGAAGGUACAAAUGGCGGACUUAAUGCCUUAAGGCAUUCUCUACCAGUCAACCAAUGGGUCAAACCAGAAAGAUUAAGUAGGUGCAGUGUAGUUUAGUGAUGUUAAUCUUUAUUUACAUAAAUAACAUACAUACAAAAAAAAUCUUUUUUGGCUGUCCGGAUUAGCGAAGUUCUACAGUAUUAUGUACUAUGUAUCUGUGAGCGUAAUUCAAAGACAGAUAUGUAAACAUCCUAAUAUCUGAGCAUACUAACAUUUAAAUAUAUUUUAAUUUAAUUUCUUUGAAUGAAACUUAGAUAAUCAAGCCAAUUUUGUAUGUAAAUCAACAAAAUGUAGAUAUUUUUAUUCAUACGGUAUCCCCUAUCUUUCCAUGAUUACGAUCAGGGGCGUUGGCGUAACCACACGCCAUAUGUCAACAUUCAAUUAGCAUGUGUCACCUUGCGGGCGACAUCGCUGUAUCAGAAGCCAUGUCACUAUCUGUCAAUAAAACAAGUCGAAUUUUUCCUUCUGGCUUACUGUCAAAUUCAUUUGACAGUUCUUCAUUGUGGCAGAUCCAGGAUUUUGUUUUGGGUUGUUUACACAUUCAAAAAUUUUGCCAUUCUAAUUAAGAACUCCCUAAAUAUAAAAGCUAUAAUAUUGAUGUGUCUUACUCUUAAAUAAGCUUUAAUAUAGGCACACUACGAGUAUGACAGUUUUGAAGUUAAAGUUUCCCAAGCAACAGCCCGCACGAUAGUUGGGAAGGGGCGCUCGGCUCGGCGCCACGCGUUCCACGUUUGAAUUUAAACUCGCGAGUCGCGUUCCAAACCCGGGGUCCGUUCCGAAACUUAUUUUUCGUAAUGUCUUGGGGGUUCUGAAACGGCUGCUAUUCGUGAGUGCGCUUUAAAUAGUGAAGUGCGAUUUGAUUUUCGAAUCGGUUUUUGCUUUUCGAUUCUGAGUUGCGUGUUUAGGUGUUUAUUAGAAAGAUUAAGUAGCAAGAUUUAGUAUCUAGUGAAAAUUUAUGAAAUAUAAGCUCAGUUGGAUGCUGAAAAUAAACUUAAUUUAUAGGCACAUAGGCGCUAUGUGAACGCUACUGCCCCACAAUGGACGGAGUCUUGUGAAUGAAACAUGGCGACGCGUUCCUGCCUCUUCGUCGCGCUCGCCUUCACAGUCGAAUGCGCAUGCUCGCUGCAGCUGUUAGAGCUGCGCGUGCCCGCGCACGUGGCGCGCGGCGCGCGCGCAGCGCUCGCGUGCCACUGGCAGCUCGGGCCGCACGACGUGCUCUACUCCGUCAAGUGGUACAAGGAUGGCAAGGAGUUCUUCCGCCACGUGCCACGAGACCCGGAACCGAGGAGGCGGUUCGCGCUACCCGGGGUGCAUGUUGAGAAAUCUGACUCGUCGGGCUCAAACGUGACGCUAGGCCCGGCCGAGCUGGAGACAGAAGGCCGCUACCGCUGCGAGGUGUCCGGCGAGAGACCCCUCUUCCCCACUGUGUCUGACCACGCCGACAUGACCGUCGUCGUGCUACCGGAGAGCGGUCCUACGCUAACCGGGUUCCGGUCGCGAUACCGCGCCGGCGAGCGCGUUCAAGCGUCGUGCACGGCGGGGGCGGCGCGCCCGGCACCGACGCUGGCUUGGUACGUGAACGGCGAGCCGGCGCCACCCGCCGCGCUCGGGACUUUGGUGCGUCGCACGCACAAGGGCCUCGAUACGGUAACGCUGCCGCUGGACUUCAGAGUCACUGAGGACCACUUCAGGAAUAACGGCCUUAAAGUCAAGUGCCUAGCAACCAUAGACUCCCUGUACUGGCGCAGCAACGAGGAGAGCGCAGUACGCGCGCGUGACAAAUCAUACGACACCAUGGAGCUGCGCCCGCGCACCGCCGACGCCGACAUUGUCGAAAAUAUCGGCGGCGCCGACACCGGCGAAAGUGCGCUUGGCAGCGCGCAGGGUCUACAUGUGUUCAGUGUGGUGAUCUGUAUUUGCUGUGUAAUAAAUAUUUUGUAAGAAAAGUUUGGAUUUUUUUGCUCAUCUGCCUGAAAAGUAACUGACUCGUAUUCUAUGAAAGAAUAAGUAUAUAAAUAUAUUGAUUGCCAACAAAAUAGUCUGUUCGGAAAGAAAAGAGUUGUCGAAUGUAUGUGGCCCCAUACAUACCACGACUCCUCCUCCUCUUUCCGCACAGACUCUAACAUACUUAAAAACUUAGUAUUGUCUUGGGUGAAGUAGAAAUUCUAGCAACGCAACGUAGCAACGUAGUCGGUGCAGCCCGCAACCACCGGCCGCGCACUGAGACCGGCGAUUUUUUUUUUAAUAAGUUUUUUGUAUUUUUAAAAGAAUAAGAUACUACUACUAUUAAAAGGCUUAAGAGGCUACUGAAAUAUUACACACAUUUUGGGCGGGAAAUUUAAAAAAUUUUGGGCUGGUCACACUUUGUGUAGUAGGAAUUAUAGUUUUGAUACUAGAAUAGUACAUUACGAUACAAGUGCGAAAAAUAGGAAAUUCGAAACGAGUGGCGAUAAAUUAAAACACGACCGAAGGGAGUGUUUUAAAUCGACACGAGUUGCGAAUUACCUACUCGCACAUGUAUCGUACAACGUUUUACAGUACAUAUGGCCCUUUAAAUGUUCGACACAGUAACGUAAUAUGCUACUUCUCGCACUAGUGCUAUAAAGUAGCCCCAUAUGUACUGUAAAAUAUUUUUUAUUUUCUGUGCGCACGUGAGGUACCUAAGGAAAUGAGUUAAAUAUACGUUGACGUGUACUAUGUAAAGUACAAAGACAUAUAUGUAUAGACAUGCUUCGCACAGAUAUUUUUAUAUAUUUUAUAUUUUUAUAUCAAAUUACUACUGACUGUAGAAGAAAUCUGUGGAGUGACUGUCCACAGAUUUCUUCUACAUAUUGGUUUUCAGUAACUCGUUACGUUCCAAUGUUUUGAUUUUAUUGAUAUUUUCCAGAACUUCUAGUUUAUCCGUUUCUUUACACACUUGUCCUGUUCAUGAGAUUCAGAUAUUAAGAAAUUCACGUACUCAAUCAAAGUUAGGCAAAUGUUAGAACUAGUACUAAAUGUAUCAAAAUAUUAAUAGAGCACCAACCUACUAAAUUGUUUACGACUUGUAAACAUUGCAGUCUUUCGUUAUACAACGCUUCACGUCGACUUCGCACAUUGUCGUAAUUAUUUACGAGGUUAAAUAUUAGUUUGCGGACCUCACUCGGUACAGUCAGUAUUAAUAUUAUUUAAAAUAAACUGAAAUAAACCCCUUAUAAACCGCGAACAAUUUAAAUGAAUGACAUAAAUUGACAACAGACUUUUAGCUUUUUUUUAAAUCAUAGACAAUUGGUGAUACAACAAGGAAAUAUCUGUCAACAACAUUUGGUUAGCCAGUCUCUAAUUUUGAUCACCGCGCCCGCUAAACUACUUUUUGUUACGCUCGAACGCGCUCAACCUAACCUACCUCCUUUAGAUUCCUUAUGUCAAACUUUUGAUAAAAAGGACAAAUUAUGCCUAUGUCACAUAAAAAUGUCACCCUAUCUUUCAAAUUCUAAUUACGCGCAAAAUACUAAAAGUUCAAACGGCUUAUUCCACUGAAGACGCGAUGAAAUGGAUACAAUUUCAUUAGGUAAGAAUGUAUUCAAGAUAGUACUACUCCUAAACUAUUGUAGAGGUAGAAAUACAUAGGUACAUAUACUUUGGCUGCAGGGUAGAUAAGAGAUAACAAGUCUAUGUACUCCAGCUCAGAAAGGUUUUUUUAGAAAUCAGUGUACAAAUGCUGCAACUGAUCCGGAAAAGAGACAAAGUAACUUAAAGCAGGUAGAAUGGAGUUUGAAGCGAUCGAAACUCUAUACUCUCGUGGCUGAAUUUUAGAGUCUUUCGCUACAAGUCAAAAUGUGCAAUUCGUUUUUUACCUACCUACCUACUUGUAUUGUACGCGCACGAAGUCUGAGGAAUUUCGAGCUUAGGGAGCAUCAGGCGUGAGGGUGAACGGGGCUUCUCUGCGAUCUCGGACUUCGUGCGCGAACUGCAUUGCAUAUACUUAAUCGGGUAGGUAAUAAAUAUGCUUAGUAUAAUAAAGAGUCGUUACUUUUGUAGGAAAAAUUGCAACAUCUAGUUAAGCUGAUGGAAGUACCUGAACGAUGUUAAAUUGUAACAUGAUGCAUGUUCACAACGAAUUAAAUUCACCUAAACCAUUUCACAAUGAAUUCGGAGGUGAGUCAUGACUAAUAGUAUCUAAGUCUCUUUUUAUUCCGUUAGGGAAUUUAAAUGGCGCCGUAGGUAUAGGAUAUACCUAAUAAGUACCUACAAUUAACUUUUACUGAGGGUACAUGUAAAUCAGUGUUAGAAGACUGGUAAAAGUUAAUAAAAGUGUAGAUGGCGCUCUCGGGAAUUUCGGAUAACAAGGGAUCAUCGCUUUCGUGGAAUUAGACAACAUAUAGGUACACCGUUUACAAUUUGCCGCUAUGAGAAGGUGGGCUGGCAGCAGCGGCAUAGUUAUAUGAGCAUAGAGUCCGACAUCAUUCCGGCAGCGGCAGAAUCGGGUUAUUCCCACUAGUUACCACGAAGUUGUUACCAGUGAUACUACUGGGAAAAA